CUGCGAGAUGGGCGGGGGAGCCGGACUCGCAGGGAGGCGGUUUCGGCAACAGCGCCAGCAGCAGGUUCAGCGCCGUCACUCUUCAAGUCACCUCCGAACAGAGAGCCGGCGGAAAGCCCGAAGAAGCACCUCAGCUCAGCCCGAGAGUUGCUCGCAGACGGCAGGAAGCGCCGCGCUCCUGCAGCAAGGAGCCGGCCAAAAUGUAUCAGGGCCACUUGCAGGGGAAAGGCGCUAGGGCUGCAGAUAAGGGUGUUACCAUGGUGAUGAAGGAGAUACCGAGGGAGGAGUCUGGAGAAGGAAAACCCCUCCUUACUGUGACAUCACAGCUGGUGAAUGAACAGCAGGAGAGUCGACCCCUCCUGAGCCCAUCAAUUGAUGAUUUUCUACUUGAAGCAAAAGCUGACAGAGUUUCUCGUACGACGACUUCAAAUACAGCAGUUCUGUCACCAGCUUUGGAUCUCCUGGACCUUAUGGAGCCAGCUAUGACAAGCAGUAAUAAGACAAAGAAAUCUGAUGUUGCCUCAAGAAGUGAAGCAGCUAAAACUGCCUCCUUUAGAAAAGAGCCAGAUGACACCGAUCUAAUCAAAGUAGAAAUUGAGCAGAGUACUCAGAGUGUCAAAUCCCCACAUAGACCAUCCCUGGAUGCUGUUAGUAUCCCACCACGUAUAGAGAAGUGGGAAGAAGUGAAUUUGCAGAGUGCAAAGACUCCUGAGGAACAAUGGGUAACGGAAAGGAGAUGUUCCAACAGGAUUGCUUCACAGGAGUUCCUCUGCUGUCGUUCAAUUGGGUCUACAGAAAAUAAGGUCCAAUCUGAGGCUGUAACAGGUAAAAAUGCAACAGAAUUACAUUCAUCAUCAACAGAACUGGAACAGAUACCAACAACACAGAAUCGGAUGGCCAAGGAACAACGUUGGGGAAGUGCACUACUAACUCGAAACCAGUCAACAGAGGAAGAGUUUGAAAGAGCAAAGGCAGCAGUUGAGUCUGACACAGAAUUCUGGGAUAAAAUGCAAGAUGAAUGGGAAGAAAUGGCACGGAGAAACUGGAUUGCAGGAAGUGAGCAGCCACCAACAAAUACAACUGUCUCCCCACAUGAGAAGGGCUAUUAUUUUCACACUGACAAUCCCUAUAAAGACUGGCCCAAUGCAUUUGAGGAAGCAUUGAAGAAACAGAAGGAGGGAGAUCUGCCCAAUGCUGUCUUACUGUUAGAAUCAGCUGUUUUGCAGGACCCCUACGAUGCAGAGGCCUGGCAGUACCUGGGCACUACCCAAGCAGAUAAUGAAAAUGAACAAGCUGCAAUUGUUGCUCUCCAGAGAUGUCUAGAGCUGCAGUCUUGUAACCUGGAUGCCCUAAUGGCAUUAGCAGUAAGUCUCACCAACAUUGGUCUGCAACAAGAAGCCAGUGAUGCCCUAAAAAAUUGGAUUAGACACAACCCCAAGUACAAGUACCUCAUAAGGGGGAAAACUGGCUCUCCAGCUCCUGGAAGAGGGGAAUCCAAAGAAACAGCGGGAAGUUUGUUCCUUGCAGAAGUAAAAGACCUGUUUUUGAAAGCAGCUCAUCAGAAUUCAGAUGGAAUAGAUCCAGACCUGCAGACUGGACUAGGUGUGCUUUUCAAUCUCAGUGGAGAAUAUGACAAAGCUGUUGAAGCAUUCAAUGCUGCCCUCACAAUUAGACCACAGGAUUAUUUAUUGUGGAAUCGCCUGGGAGCCACUUUAGCAAAUGGAGAUCGGAGUGAAGAGGCUGUUGAGGCCUACCAAAGGGCUUUGGAAAUUCAACCUGGCUUCAUCCGGUCAAGGUAUAAUCUGGGAAUCAGUUGCGUAAACCUGGGAGCUUACAAAGAAGCUGUCAGCAAUUUCCUUACAGCUUUGAACUUGCAGAGGAAGAGUCGAAGCACACAAUUCUGCCACCAGUUUAUUUCGGGCAGCAUCUGGACAGCAGUCAGGAUAGCGCUCUCCCUGAUGGACCAGCCGGAGCUCUUUCAUGCAGCCCACGUGGGAGACCUUGACACCUUAUUGAAAGCCUUUAAUUUGGACUGAUCUGCAUCCUGUCAUAGAUUAAUGAUUAUACCAGAUACAUAAAGCAUACUUUGCAUUUACCUGAAAAUCUCAAGCAUAUUGUCAAGAUUUUACAGUUAAUUAACAAUAGGAUUUUUCAUGGUGAAUAACCCAUUUCCUAAACUCUAUCCAGUGGUUUUGCCAUGAUUUUGGAACAAGAGUCUAAAUUUGGAUUUAAAAAAUUUCAACCUAAUGUUAUUCAGCCUAUCAUUUUAACAUAGUCUUCUGUGUGAUGGUAUAAAAUUAAUUUUGUGAUAACAUGAUAUAUGCUACAUUCUCAUUUAGAAUAUUCAAUAUAUGUUAAAUUCUUCAUGGACUUCACUAACAAUUUAUUGUCCAGCCCUAAUUGACUGAACUAGGGAGACAGUUCAAAGAUGUAUUUGCAUUUGCACACAGAUACCUUUCCUUCAGUUAAGGAUGUAAGUGAACCAGAUUUUUUUUUAUAUAUAACUAAUAAAUUAGUUAUUUAAAAUCUGGUUUUAAACUCCCCCAGUUGCCUUGGGAGAUUUUAACUCAGGUCAGGAUUACUUGUCUCUUGUUAAGAUCCAGUAAAUUAGCCUCCAAGGUACAGUAGAAGUUUUAGAUUUUCCCACUGGGAACUUGUGUACUUUAGCAACAAAUUGAAUAAUAUUGGAAAGCUGUCUCAAUAAUAAAAGGCAAAGGUUAGAGAAAAACGUGCAGUAAGUGUCAGAGAAAGUAUUUGAAGCAAGUACAAUAGAAACGUGUAAAAGAGAAAUACAGCCUAGAGGUGUACAAGUCAAAUGUGAUUAGUUUAGUUUGGCAGCUUACUGACAAGAUGGGCCAAAGGGCCUGCUUCUAUGCUGUAUAACUCUUGAUUCCAAACCAUUUGCUGGAAAGUAGUCUUGUGCAUCUUACUCUUCUAUCUAUCCACCCUUUGAGUAGCUACCAAGUAUUGCUACUUUAAUGGAUGAAAUAGAAUCAUAAUGUUCAGUGGCCCAAAAAUUAAAUUCGGUUCUCUUUCAGGGUAAAUGUAGGAAAGUUUAACUAACUGAAGUCAAAAAUCAAUAAAUGUUUAGGCGUUAAUGAACAAGGAGAUGAGGGAUUCUUGUCCUUGCGUUCUUUAUUACUAUCGUUUUUUUAAAACACUGUUUUUCUCUCCCGUCAAGUAUGCUGACAGAUGUGAUGAGAUUAAUCCCCAGCUAAAUCCUGUAAUUUUGAAAUGAGACAUGAUUCCUAUGGUUGUAAGAAAUAAAAAUGCUAAAACAUAAAAAUAAUUAGUCUAUUCCUGAACAAUAUUAUUCAAAUAGGAUACCCUUUCUAUUAACAAUUAUCUAGAUCCUUCCCUCAAUGAGGAAUAUGGCACAUAUUUCUGUCCAAAAAUUAAUAAUUGGUAUUAAUUCGUAGAUGAUAUUUAUUUUACCAUUUCCUUUAACUACCCAAGAGAUCCUGUAUGUUACAUUUACUUAUUAGUGUAAAGUGUGUUCUUAUACAUCUUAGAAUUGUUCAUUUUUUUGAAAUGUGAAUAUUUUAUCAGCCUACAUUUAUAAAAUAGCACAUUGUUUCUU